GCCUCUGUACCAAAAUUGUGCGUUGUGUGUGUGUGUGUGUGUGUGUGUGCGUACUUCGGACGAGAUGUGGAUGCGUCAUUGCCUCAUGAAGUCCAAGAAUGAGGGAGCGAAAGUAGACAAUUUAUCAGUCGCAAGCUGGACAUUCUCCAGUGAACAUUCUCCUGCCUUCUCUCCCGUCAACCAUACUUGAUACGUUUCAUUCAAGUUGACAUCAAAAGAGAAAGAGACAAGGAAGAUCCUUUCCCUUUUCCCUCUUCCCUCGUUGGUUGAGGCAUUAAACUUGCGUCAAUUUCUGCUCGCGUUUCUGUCAUCGUUGUGAUCAUGGUUUCAUCUCGAUGAGGCACGUACGUUCGUCGACGACAUCACGAGAAGAAUGAUUGAUUUAGUUUCACUGACUGCCCCUCCAACACUUCCUCAGCUGUGACAUUGUUCGUUAGAUGUCCAGCGUACUACCACUAAUCUCACUGCCAUAGCUGACAACAAAUCUUCAUCCCAAGAAUCUGAUCGUACAUUCAACUACUUGUUAAGAAAUUGGGGGAUCGCUGGCAAUGCCAUGAAACAACCUGCCAGAUCUCAGUCACUUCUCGCGAUAAUGGUGUUGAGCGCAACCAUCAUACUCUCGACUUUGGUGGUUUGGUCAGAUCUUCAGGAGGCAGAGGGAUCCAUAGUUCAAUCCAAUUGGGAUCAAAUCCAGAGUGGGAGUGAUCCAUUCACCUUGGCUCUAACGGGAAAUGCAUCCAAGCAUUUCGACAAUGAAAUCAAUCACAAUGAAUCUGAAGGCGAAGAUCAGAUCGUGUCCGAAAGCAAACUUGUGCCCUCUUGGGAAAAGACGUUCGACGUUGGAGAUUCAGCCAGCUUAACCGGCAGUGAAAUCGCCAAUGGCAGCCAAGAAGACAUUGGAGAUUUACAAGAAUCUGCUAGCACCUAUCAAAAGACCCACCUGCUUCAACCACGGAGAAAGAGACGCCGAAAGUCCAACAAAGCCCAGUGGAAACGCAACUUCCAGCGAAGUAAGCCCCAACAGCUUUUCAAUGGCAAUCCCAACCGACCUUACUACCAGCAACUCAAGAAAAAGAAAAAGAUCGACAAGCACGUGAACGAUUUUCCCAAUUGGAAUACGUUUCAACCCCAUCGACCCAAGACCACCAGCCUUUUCCCGGCCACAAAGGCUCCUAAUCCCAUGAACUUUAGAUUGAACACUAUCGAAUCCGAGGAUGACUUGCCUUCAAAUGGGCGGGGAUUCAAUACCAAGGUGCUGAACAAGGUCACGGCCUUUCUUAACUCGUCCGAAAACGAAACGGAUUCUGCUCCCCCAAUCGAUCGUGAGAGCUAUUCUUUACCCAUAGUUCAUGCGGCCCUUUACGAUCACAACCCUUGGAAGCCUUACACUCAGGCGCCUAGAGUGAGAACCAUUGCCAAAGAGUCCAACUACUACUACGAUGCUCGGCUUGUGCCUGUUGACGAAAUCAGUGAUCUGGAUCUCAAGCCCACGCCUUCCAAAUUGGCGGGACGCCAACAAAGGCGCUCAUUUCGAUCCCGGAGCAAAAAGAAACCGUACAAGGCCCUUGUACAAGUCUACAAAUCCACCAAUCGAGGAUACCCGGGUCCAGUGGAAUCCACCACGGAUUAUAACUUCGACGUGUUCCCCACCCACCAACAAUUGAAUGAUGACGACUAUUAUUUCGAUAACUUUGUGAAAGAAUUCGCUGAUGAGUUCCCAGAAAAGGAGGCUGCAACCACCCCUGUCCCACCAGUGACCUCAAAGGACGUGAUUCAAAGUCGAUACGAAGAGAGCAUUUUGAUCCCGGAUGAUCAUGUGAAAGAUAUAUAUGAGGACUACUUCUAUGUAGACGAUCCAGAUUAUGCUCAACCGGAACCCAAACGUCCUCCUCCCCCCCCGACGACCUCUCCUUCAAGACCGCACACACAUGGCCCGUAUAGAGCCUUAAGGCAAACUGGUUACCCAGUCCGAUAUCGGAAACAGGCACCACACCCACGGAGACCCCCGGUGACACAAACGGGUUACCCCGAGUACGACCAAUACCAACCCAACAUACCCAUCACGCCCAUUCCCAACUACAGAUUUCCAAAAUCGGAAUUCAACAAGUACUUCCCCAACAAGAGGCCCAAAUCAAAGGGCCCCCGUGCCAACAAGCUGCCCCCUCGAGGAUAUUUGAAGCAGAAGUUUGUAAGGCCUCCCGUGGUUCAUGUGGCACCCCCUACUGCUCCACCCCCCAGGCCACCUUUCUCGCAACCACCCCCUUAUAACACUCCCGGACCUUAUUAUGAUGUGACCCAAAUCCCCGCCGAGCCUAUCUCCUACGAAAGUGACGACGAUGAAUACUAUCAAAGACGACCCCGACCCCAAGCCCCUGGCCCCAACGAAUAUCAACGCCUUCAAAAGGCGUAUAUGCAACUUCUGGCCCAGAACAACAAGCCCGAGGAAGAGCCUGAACCUGUGCAAGAAGAUGUGGCGGAAUACGAUCAAGAGGAACAAGCCCAUCCCAGACCAGCUUACCAAGAGGAACGUCCCGACUAUUACGAAGAUGACGACCGACGGCAGCGGGAGAUACCUCAAUACGAAGACUCCCGAGACCGAGAGCUAGUGCCGCCCGAGUAUGAAGAUAUUUCUCAUUACGACGAUAAGUCACCUGAAGAUAUAUUUGAGUAUGGCGCCCAAACUGAUGAAAGGAAUCGAGGGCUCCAAGAUCCCCGUGAAUACGUUCAAAGGAAUACGGCCCAUUCGUUUGAUGCUGGCUGGGACGAGUUCUUCAACGGUCACCGAGACAACAUUGAUGACGACAUUGGGUCGAUCAGUCAAAGCAACGAAAACUACGGAGCGCCAGAGGGAGGAUCGUCUCAAGAGCAAGCCCCGAACCAGGAAGAGAAUCAGCCCGAAGGCGAGCAUGAAGACCGGGAGCAUGCGCCCUAUGACCCUCGAGACUACAGAGGCAGGGACAGAGAGGAAGGUAAGGGAGAACCUGCAGCUAGAUACAGAGGGGAUGACUAUGACGAACCACCAGACUAUGAAAGCCCCGGCCAUGAAGAGUACAAGGGGAACUCACCGGACUACGAGAGAGACGAAGGAACCAUCCAUCCCGUUGGGGAUAAGGAUGUGCGCCAACGAGAAAGAGGUGACUAUGCUAGAUUUAAACACUUAGAGGAUCAAGAAAAGAUUGCAGAAGAGACACAUGACAGCGACUAUGACGAUGAUGACUAUGAUGAACCCGCUGGAGGCCAGCGUGUCCGUCGACCUCUGACUCCCAUGAAAUAUGCCCAUGGUGAAAUGGUGGUGGAAGACUUCCCUCUGGGUAAUGACAUGGCGGACAGACAGUCCUCGGAUCCGAAUGCCCCUGGUUUUGAUCAAUUUUUCUCCCAAAUAGAAGAGACUAUUGACGACGAGAUCGGGGACGACAAGGAGAAGAAACGGAGGAAGUGGAAGGCACCCUCUUAUGAUGGAGAGGACAGAGACAAACCCGCUGAUGGGUCAGACGACAAUGUGCAAGAUCUGAGACCCAACCGCUACCGAGAGGUGGCCCCCGACGAGUUUGACUAUCAGAUGCCAUCACAUGAAGAGCUUCAAGAGAAUUACAAAACUGAAACCUCAUCCUCAGAGGUAGAUCCAGUUGCUGUUCCGUGGUCUCCCCAGAAGGUCAAGAUUUCCAAAUGAGUAUUGUCGUCGUGCCGUGUCAUUCAAUAAGUUUAAUAGUUGCUUGGAGUUUCAAAUGAAAUAUAAAAAACUGCUUUUAAUAAUGGUCAACAAGUGUUCUGUACGCACG